UUCCAAUUUUUUUGUUUGUAUCCAUUCAUCUAUCUAUUCAAUGCGAACAUGAGCGAUAAAAAGGAACAUAGAUUCUGGAGCCAGCAACCUGUUUCACAAGGAAAAAAAAAUCACUAUGUUAAUGAAAUCAACAAGCCCAUCGAACCGGCCAAGGAUCCCGUAAAAGAUAUUCGCGAUAAACCCUUAAACCUACCAGAUGGAUACGAGUGGUGUGAAUUGGAUAUCUUUGAUAAAAUUCAGAUCGAAGAGAUUUAUUCCUUGCUUUAUAAUAACUAUGUGGAAGAUGGAGAUUCCAUGUUUCGCUUUGACUAUUCGAUUCCCUUUCUUCAAUGGGCGCUCUCUCCCCCUGAGUACAAAAAGGAUUGGCAUGUGGGUGUUCGAGUGUCCUCUACACACCUGCUCAUCGGGUUUAUUACGGGUAUUCCAGUGAAUGUGAACAUAUACCAAAAUACAAUUCUCAUGGCCGAAAUCAAUUUCCUUUGUGUCCACAAAAAACUGAGAAGUAAACGUCUGGCUCCUGUUUUAAUUCGCGAAAUUACUCGCCGUAUUAAUCGCUGCAAUAUUUGGCAAGCUGUUUAUACAAGCGGCGUUAAGCUCCCUGGCUCUAUCUCAACUUGUCGGUAUUAUCAUCGUCCCAUUAAUCCUCAAAAACUCAUCGAAGUCGGAUUUUCCUGUCUACGGAGAAACGUCACUAUGACCAUGACCAAAAAACUCUACAAAAUUUCAGAUUGCCCUAAGACUCCCGGAUUCCGCAUUGCUACAGAUGCCGAUGUACCUCAGAUACAUAGCCUUUUGAAUGAAUAUUUGAAGCGAUUCGAUGUGACGAUUCUGUUCAGCGAAGAAGAUAUCAAGCAUUGGUUGAUAUCUAAACAAAAUGUCGUUUAUUCCUACGUUGUUGAAGACCAAGAAACUAAACAAAUUACCGACUUUUGUAGUUUUUACGUUGUUCCAUCAACUGUCCUUCGACAUUCAGUUUACUCAAAUAUCUUGGUUGCCUAUGCUUACUACUAUGCAUCAAGCAAAACAGACUUGGUGGAUCUGAUGCAAGAUGCGCUUGUCUGCGCAAAAAAAAACAAAAUAGAUGUUUUUAAUUGUCUAGAUAUCGCGGAAAACAAGCAAUUUAUCAACAAACUCAAGUUUGAAUUUGGAGAUGGAAACUUGCACUAUUAUCUAUACAAUUGGAGAUGUCCCAUAUUCAGUUCAGAAAAAAUAGGGCUCAUCUUUUUAUGAGCAUCAAAUUAAUCAGGCGCAUGCCUAAUGGCCUUAGUUACAACCACACAUUAUAUACGCCCUAGAAAGGGCUCUCUUUUGAAUACGUCUAUUUUAAUAAAUUUUGCAACACUGGAUGCUCUGAAAAAAAA